GGUUGGAGAUGCUAGAGGAAGAAAUGCAAAAUAGUGCCCUGGCCAAAAAGGAAUAUUGCGACAAAAAGUGGACUUUGCUGAAACCUCAUGUGCAGACCUCCAUAGUUGAUCAAGUACAACAACUGCAAACUGAUCUGGAGUCUACAAAUAUAUUGGAAAAUGAUUACUGCUCAGAGGUUAUGAACAUUCUCCAGUUAAACCUUCAUGUUCGUUCACCCGUCAAGUUUAGUGGCUCGCCCCGGACGUAUGGGAGAGCGUCUAGAAACUCGAGAAAUAAGCCAUUAUCUGACCCCGAUGAUCAAAUAGCUGGGCCUUCCAGAACUCCAAGCUCGGCUGCUAAAAAGUUAGCAGCAUUUAAAGCUUCACCCAAAGAAAGACCUUCCAGAGGUGAGUCAAAUAAAAGAAAAUCAUCUGAUGAAGAACCUAAACCAGGGUCUUCAAGGACAUCAGCAAAGAAGCUAAUUGUUGAUAAAGAUGACACUGAUCAUAAUGGUUCCUCUCCAAAAGGUCCUGGAAAGAAAUCUGCUAAACAAAAUGGACAGAAAAGCCUGCAGAAAAAUACAAUUUCCUCAUGGAUCAAGAAAAAUGAUAAACCUCAAAAUGGAAAUUCAAAUGGUAAAAUUGAUGAAUCUGUGGAUGAUAAUAAACAGUCAAAAGCAGCUAACUCUGAAAAAUCGGAAAAUGGAAAAGUAGUUACUGAGGAAAUUAAACAACAAGAAAUUAAAGAAGUUUCACAAAUUAAAAGUGAACCAGAGUCUGAAAAGUGCCAAGAAGUCUCUGAAAACAUUGGAGGUGAAGUGGAGCAAACCGUGGAAAAUACUGAAGGACUUAGUGAAGAUGAAAGCGAAAAUCCAACUAAAAAGAUAAAAAAGGAAGACAGUGAAGAUGACGAGUCAGCAAAAGUGAACUCGACAAGUGUGGGGACAGAGAAGGGAGGAAGAGUGAUUCCAGCCAAGUGUGAUGUCUGCCGACAGCUGUUAACGGACCCGGACCUGAGAAUCUACCCGGGUCACCCUCACGACGCAGUAGAGGAGUAUAUCGCCCUCACGGACCCCAAGCUGUCACUGUUCACUGGCGAUGAGGGAGACAUCAAUGAGCAUGAUGAGCGGCCUCAGAACAAAGUCACACAGUUUAGUAUUUACGACAAAGCAGGCCACUUGUGUCCAUUUGAUGGGGGACUGAUAGAGCGCAAUGUUCUCCUGUAUUUCUCUGGUUACAUCAAGGCAAUAUAUGAAGAAAACCCUGAAGCUGAAGGUGGUAUACCUGUGAAGGACAUGGGUCCGAUCAAUGAGUGGUGGGUGUCGGGUUACGAUGGAGGGGAGCGUGCUCUGAUUGGUUUCUCCACUGCGUAUGGAGAGUAUUACCUGAUGGAGCCCUGCGAGGCCUACGCUCCUCUCAUGGAGAGUGUCAAGGAGAAGAUAUACAUGGGUAAACUGGUCAUAGAGUUCCUGCUAGAGGAGGAGAACGCAUCAUACGAAGAUUUACUCAAUAAGCUUCAGACAACAGUUCCUCCAUUUGGAACCACCACUCUCACUGAGGACAGCUUGCUGCGGCACGCUCAGUUUGUAUGUGACCAGGUACUCAGCUUCGACACGGGGGCCGAUAAUACUGACGAUUUGCUCAUCACUUCUCCCUGCAUGCGCGCACUUGUGAAACUAGCUGGCGUCACCUUUGGCCAAAGACGAGCGAUGAGACGGUCAGAAAAGAAAGACUUCAAGAAGAAGAAGUUAGCUGGAUGGAGUAAGGCAACAACUACUCCACUGGUCAGUGAUGUGUUUGAAACAUUCUUCUCUGACCAAUUGGAUAGUGAUGCUUCUUCCAAGGGACCCAAGCGACGCAGGUGUGGAGUGUGUGAAGCCUGCCAGCUGUCAGAUUGUGGCACUUGUCCUUCUUGUGUCGACAUGAUCAAGUUCGGUGGUACUGGACGCAGCAAACAGGCUUGUGUCAAGCGCAGGUGUCCGAACAUGGCUAUACAAGAAGCUGAUGAUGACGAUCAAGAGGAGGACGAUGACAAUAUGGAGAUAUCAGCUGAUGACAGCAGCAACAUGAGCUGGAACUCAAAUCCCCGCAAGUUCAGGGUGAGAUCAGACAAGAAGAGCAUGGAGUGGGUCGGUGAGCCGCUCAAGGAUGAUGGGCGAAAGAUCUAUUUCAGCAAGGUUAUGGUCGGGGAUGAGGAGAUAAGUGUGGGCGAUUGUGUGACGGUUGAGCCCAACGACCCGACUAUCCCAGUAUUCAUCGGCCGUGUCCACUACAUGUGGCAGGACAAAAGUAAAGAGAAAUACUUUCAUGCACAGUGGUUCUGCCGAGGCUCUGACACCAUGUUGGGCGAGACGUCUGACCCGCAGGAGCUGUUUGUGAUAUACGAGUGCGAGGACUCUCUAUUAUCUGCUGUGGGAGGCAAGGCUGAUGUGACACUGAUAUCCACUCCAGCCAAUUGGGCCCAGCUUGGGGGCAGUGCCCUAGCUGACCUCACAAUCAGUGUCGGGUCUGACAACGGCAAGACUUUCUUCUGUCAGAAGAGGUAUGACCCUCUUCAUGGACGAUUUGAAGACAUCCUAUCUGGUCCUUCAUGCUUAAAGCCAGAAAACAGUCACAGGUUUUGUCCGUGCUGUGAAAGAAUCCAUAAACAAACAAUGAGAGAAACACCUUCAGUAGAGGAUAGAUUAAAUGAAGAAGGACCUAACAAGGAGGUGAUGUACGGAGUGGUGAGGUGGAGAGAUGUGGAGUACCGCCCUGGGAACUUUGUGUUCCUUACACCAGGAGUUUUCAAAUUCAAGUCAGGGAAGAUGGCUGUUUUCAAAAAAGACUCUCGCAAAGAAGACAAGGUGGACGAAGAGCUUUAUCCCGAAUACUACCGGAAAUCUUCAGAUCAUGUCAAAGGCUCUAAUAUACUGACACCUGAGCCAUUCUGCAUCGGCUACAUCGUUGCAAUCGUGACGCGAUCCCGCGACAAACUCGUAGCUGCGAGUGACAUCUGUCUGCGGGUCAAGAAAAUGUACCGGCCAGAGAACACGCACCGUGAUGCUAGCCUCAGCCACCAACUUGAUCUCAACCAGAUCUACUGGACUGAUGAAGAACUAAUAGUUAAUUUUGGGGAUGUGGCUGGACGAUGUUAUGUCAUGUUCGGGGAGAAUGUGGAAGAAUCAAGAACUGUGCAAGAGUGGACGGCAGAAGGACCUUACAGGUUCUACUUCAACCAGGCCUAUGACAGUACAAACCAGGCAUUUGUGGAGCCCCCUUCGCAUGCCACCCUGAUCGGUUCUGUGGGCAAGGGCAAGGGCAAAGGUAAAGGCAAGGGCAAGGGCAAAAGUAGUAUAAAGACUGAAGAUAAGAAAGAAGUGACAAUCGAAAGCUACCCAAAAAUAGAGCCUCUGAAAUGCUUGGAUGUGUUUGCCGGUUGUGGAGGGCUGUCCGAGGGUUUCCAUCUAUCCAAGGUGGCGGACACUAAAUGGGCUGUGGAGAAAGAAGAGGCUGCAGCACACGCAUUCCGCCUCAACAAUCCUAAGUGUACAGUCUUCACUGAUGACUGCAAUCUGCUACUCAAGCUGGCUAUGAAUGGUGAAAAAUACAACAACAAAGGACAAGUUUUGCCCCAGAAGGGUGAGGUGGAAUUACUUUGUGGAGGACCUCCCUGUCAAGGCUUCAGUGGGAUGAACCGUUUCAACUCUCGCCAAUACUCUCUGUUCAAGAACUCGCUGAUAGUAUCCUAUCUGUCAUACUGUGACUACUACAGACCGAGGUUCUUCAUAUUGGAGAAUGUGCGCAACUUUGUGUCGUUUAAGCGUAGCAUGGUGCUGAAACUGACCAUGCGCUGUCUGGUGAGGAUGGGUUACCAGUGUACCUUCGGCGUGCUGCAGGCAGGCAACUAUGGAGUGCCCCAAACCAGGCGGAGGGCAAUAAUAAUAGCGGCAGCACCUGGGGAGGUAUUACCUAACUACCCAGAGCCAACCCACACGUUCAACCCGAGGGCGACUCAGCUCACCAUCAUGGUUGAUGACAAAAAGUUUUCGUCCAAGUGCCAGUGGGUGGACUCUGCCCCUCUGCGCACCAUUACUGUGAGAGAUGCCAUGUCGGACCUGCCAGAGAUCAGGAAUGGAGCACACACGGAAGAGAUGCCGUACGGAGGAGAGCCUGAAUCACACUUUCAGAGGCUGAUCAGAGGAAACCAGUAUCAGCCGGUGCUGCGAGACCAUAUCUGCAAGGAGAUGGCACCCUUGGUAGAGGCCCGUAUUGCCAACAUUCCCACCAGAUCUGGCUCAGAUUGGCGAGACUUGCCCAACCUGGCUGUGCGACUCAGUGAUGGCUCUUACAGCAAAAAAUUACAAUACACACACCACGACAAGAAGAAUGGCAAGUCGUCGACGGGAGCACUGCGCGGUGUGUGUAGCUGUGCUACAGGCAAGCCUUGUGACCCGAUGGACCGUCAGUACAACACUCUGAUACCCUGGUGUCUGCCCCACACUGGCAACAGACACAACCACUGGUCUGGCUUGUACGGUCGCGUCGAGUGGGACGGCUUCUUCAGCACCACCGUCACUAAUCCUGAGCCCAUGGGGAAACAGGGUCGAGUCCUGCAUCCUGAACAAACAAGAGUGGUGAGUGUGAGAGAGUGUGCACGGUCUCAAGGAUUCCCGGAUACCUACAGAUUCUUUGGUGGUAUCCUCGACAAGCACAGACAGAUUGGAAAUGCUGUACCUCCACCCAUGGGAACCGCAAUUGGGUUGGAAAUCUUGAAGAGUGUUGCAGUUAAAGAUUUGCAAGAGAAGACUUCGAUGGAAGUGGAAGAUUCAAAGCAUAAUGCUUGAACAUCUGUACAGUUUGGAAGAGACUAUUUGGAAAUUUCUAUUCAUUUUUUAAGGCAACAGUUACCAGUUCACAUCAAGUGCCUUAUUCAUUAAUCGUGCCUGACAUAUUAAGACCAAGUCUCUUGCAUGAGACCAGUUCUCUGAAUGUAAUGUUAUUUCUUCAUUUUUAUUCAAAACAAUCAAAUUGUUUUUUUAAUGGAGCAACUGUAGUGAAUGUUAGUUUGGUUCUGUAUGAGUAUUUAUCAACAACAAGCAUAACGAUGCAUACAUUUAUGAUGAUCAUAAGAACAUUGUAAUUAAUUUUAAUACUUUGACUGACGUCACUCGUAAGUGCCGUUUUUAAUAGCUUUUCAUAAAUGAAAUAUCUGUAAUUUUAUCUAUUAUUCAUAAUUUGGAUUUUUAAAUUGCUUAUAAGCGAAACACAUUAUGUAAGAGAAAGAAAAUAAUUUUUAUGUUUACAGCAGGUAAGUAAAGUUUUGAAGUUUAACAUUCCAACACAGUUUGUAUUAUAGGUAUUAAUUAAGGACGGUGGUAUUCUAUUUAUUAUACAGUAAAAAGAAAGUUCGUUAAUGUUAACAGUAUUGUAGAACAAUUUUAUCAUGAGUUGAUCUUUAUAUAACAAUGUUAUGGACCAGUGAUUGUGUUAAAGCAAACUGUAUUUAUUCUUAUUAUGAUAGAAGUAAUAUAAAUAAUUUUUAAUGGUCCAUAUUCGUUUCUCUAUCGCAUGAAUAUGCCGUUAGUAAGGGGGAAAACACUUUCGCUCAUUUUUAUUUAUUUGAUUUCUCAUCAGGUAUGAAAUUUUGAUUGUUUUUUUUUUAUUUAUUAAAGUUAAUAUUAUUAGUGGUAGAUGUUGUUAUGUAAGUUUUUUUAUUGCAUAUAGUAUACAAUUUUUACAACAACUUGUAAUUUCUCAUCAGUUGACUGAUGAGUUGUUGCAUUAAAAUCUUGUUCUGCAAUUAUGUUUUGCAUGACUGAUGUAUACUUUUAUUGUAAACUGUUAUGUAUUAUAAACUAAACUUGUAUUAAAUUAAAAUAGUAUUUACAAUCUGA